AUGGUUUCUUUUUCGAGUCUGACUAUUAUCUUAUGCCUUGUUUGGCUUUCAUCUCCGGCUGAAGCUUCCUUCAGUUGCACCUCCGCCGGAACUUGUGACGCCAUUAUUGACUAUACCUUACCCAACGCCACUACCUUUAAUGCCGUCAAGAAACUCUUCAACGUAAAGAACCUCCGUUCCCUUCUAGGCGUCAACAAUUUCCCUGUCAAUACCCCUGCUGAUCAGAAAUUACCCGCCAAUCAAACCAUCAAAAUCCCCUUUCCUUGUCUCUGUAGAAACGGUACCGGAAUAGCCAACAAACGCCCCAUUUACACCGUCGUCGCCGGCGACUUCCUAUCCCACAUAGUUACCGACAUCUUCGCCGGUUUAUUCACUGUUCAGGAACUUCAGACGGUUAACAAUAUUUCUAACCCGAAUUUGAUACAACCCGGGGAUAAAUUAUGGAUCCCACUUCCUUGCAGCUGCGACGACAUUGAUGGUGAAAAGGUUGUUCAUUAUGGUCGAUUGGUGAGCAGUGGCAACAGCAUUGAGGGUAUUGCUCAGCAGUACAAUGUCUCUCAGGAAACCCUUUUGAGGUUGAAUGGUUUAGCAAGUCCUAAACAACUUUUAGCUGGCGCUGUUCUUGACGUUCCCCUUAAAGCUUGCCAAUCAACGGUGAGCAAUGCCUCACUGGACUAUCCUUUGCUAGUGCCAAAUGACACAUAUGUCUUCACUGCUGCCAAUUGUGUAACGUGCAAGUGUGAUGCUGCGAGCAACUGGACGUUGCAAUGCCAACCAUCCCAGAUAAAGUCAUCUCUUUGGAAGACAUGCCCGUCAAUGCAGUGCCAAGGUUUAGAUAACUUGUACAUUGGGAAUGUGACCACGUCUUCAGAGUGUAAUUCCACAUCUUGCGCUUAUGCUGGUUACAGCAACCAGACCAUUUUUACCACAAGCACUCAGUUAACUUGCCCUGCCUCUGACAAUAGCGCUUUCGGAAUGAGGCCAGGGACAUGGAGAUGGAGAUGGAAUGUCAUCCUGGUUGCUGCUAUCUCUAUGUGUUUCAUAAGUACUCCAUGGUUAUAG